AUGGACGGCCGCGCGAAUCACGGGCUCGAUCCUUGGGACUUUAAGCACAGCGGGAAGAUCGCGACAUUCGCCGAGGACGACCCGUUCGAAUGCCACGCGAUCUCCGUUUCCAACGACGGAACGAGGCUCGCCGCUGCUGGGGCCAGUCCACGGUCCCCCGCCGCCGCGGUGGCGAGGAUUUUUAGCGUCCGUGCGAGGGAGAGCUCUCUCGAGGCGACCAUCACAGCGGAGGGCGCCAUAGGAGCAACCUCCGUUGCGCUGUCGCGCGAUGCUGUCUUCCUCGGCUGCGCCGAUGGCUCGCUCUGGAGUUUCGACUUCCCCACCGGCGUGCUCACCCGGCACGAGCCGCACCCCGCGUUGGCGGCGCUCCCGCGACGCCGACGCCCGAUACGGAACCCGUUCGCAUCCGGCGACCGAGAGCCGCGGUCGAUCCGGCGCCUGAUUUUCGUCGGCGACGGCCACCUCGUGGGGUCCGUGAGCAAUCACGGCGUGCUUCCGGUGUGGGGGCGCGCGCGGGAGCGGGACGCGGCACCCGGGGAACUCCCCGACGCGUCGCCGUCCGCGUUUCACGACGACCCGUCGUUCUCGAAAGAAGACGGCGCGUUCAUUCACCUCGCCUCGCACGGUGAUUUCUUAUACAGCACGUCGAUCGACGCGAAAGGUUUGAGGGCGUGGAGUUGCGAUUCCAUCGGCGGCCGUCUGUGGGAGUCCGAACGCCUCGCCGCGGGGCGGGGCGUCCACCUCGCCGGAAUCGCAGUCCUACCGCGCCGUGAGGUCCCGCCGUUGAUCGCGACGUGUGUUUCGUCGUUAAUACGCGGCACGUCGUAUGCGGAACCGGACACGACGUUGAAGAUCGCGCUGGUCGAUGGUGAUUCCGGCAGAGAGCUGCGGCGUUACGCGGUCGAAGGGGUCGGCGCGACGAACCGCUUCAUAGACUGCUCCUCACUCACGGGCGGGGGAGGCGGCACGUUGCUCUUUCUCGCGCACAAGGACGGGUCGAUAUGGAUUCACGCCGCGAGGAACGGCGCGCAGGUCGCCGCGCUGCACGGUCACGCGACGUGGUCAGGGACGUCCGGGCAUCACCGCGUUCUUCCCACGUGCGUCGCGGCCGGAAGCGACGGCGAGUUUUUUUAUUCCGCGACGACAGACGGAAAGGCGGUGCAUCGGUGGACGGUCGGCCCGCCGCGGGUUUGGUCGCGAGACACGCACGCGCGGUUCCCCUCCGCGUUCAAGGCGACGGUGCGCGCGCUCGUGACGGCGGUGCACGCGCGGGAAGCGCGCGGCGGCGGCGGCGGUGGCGGCGGCGCGUCUGUUCUCGCCGCCGCGGCCGGCAUCGACGGCGAAGUUUCCGAGGACGGGUCCGGCGCGCCCGCGCUGUGGGGGAAGGGCUUCGCGGAGCUUUGCGCCAUCGACCUGGGAUAG